UUGGAAGUGAAUAUUGAUCGGAAAUUUUAGCCCUAUUUUUUAACUCGUCAACUCUUCACACAUCUCUUCUGCCCUUGAGCUCCACUCCUUCAAAGCAGUAAUGGCGAAUUCGAAUUUCGCCAUCCCGAUCUUCAUUCUCGCCGCUCUGUUACUGGCCGCAUCGACCAUCGCCAACUCCCAAGCUCCAUUCAUCGUCGCCCAUAAGAAGGCCUCUCUCACUAGGCUCAAAUCCGGCUCCGAACGCGUCUCCGUUUCCAUCGAUAUUUACAAUCAAGGAUCCGCGACUGCUUAUGACGUUACACUUAUUGAUGAUAACUGGUCUAGUGAUGUAUUUGGCAUUGUUGCUGGCAACACUUCAGUCUCAUGGGAAAGGCUUGAUGCUGGGGUAGUUCUAUCACAUUCCUUUGAGUUGGAGGCAAAAACAAAAACUGUGUUUUAUAGCCCACCCGCAGUGGUAACAUAUCGUAUUCCUACAAAAUCCACCUUACAGGAGGCAUUCUCAACUCCAAUCCUACCACUUGAAAUCCUAGCUGAUAGGCCCCCGGUGAAGAAGCUUGACUGGGCAAAGAAGCUGCUACAAAAAUACGGAUCUCUUGUUUCGGUUAUAUCGAUUGUUGUGCUGUUCGUGUACCUGGUGGGGAGUCCAUCCAGUGGUGCUAAGGGAAGCAAGAAGAAGCGCUAACUAACAAAAUGAUGUGAGAUUCCUACAUGUUACAACCUUAUCACUCUCUACACUGUAACAGGUUUUGCUGGUUUUCGGGUUCUGUUUUGUUAUUACAAUUUCACACUUGUAGCAAUAGACAUUAGACACUGAGAUAGCUUGGUAGUACAUCGGCCUCUCUUCAUAUUUAGCUAUCUAUAAAAACCCUUUUAUCUUUGAUAUUUUGCUCUUGUGGAGAGUUCUCAAAGUUAUCAGUGGUGAAAUGCAUCUUCCGGAAAUUUGCAGAA